CCUUUUAAAUGUCAGCGUUCGGGGCUGGAGGGGUAGCACGAGGCAUCGGGACGGCGCGGUCGGAUUGGCCGCGCGCCUCGGCUCUAGACGCACCUCUCCACGGAAGAGGCCGCUGUGACUGGCAGGGGGAGAAAGUAAACAGAGUUGAGUCACCCUCCCCGCUGGCCAAUGGCAGGGCUUUGGGUUGUGACGUGAUGGGAUUCUGCGAAACUGUUACCGAGCGAGAGAAUGCCGGAGCGGGGCGCGCCGGCGGGCGCAGGGGCUCGGGCGCCGUGCGCGGACUGGGGGAGGAGUGUCUCUUAGAGCCGGCGCCGCGUCCGGCCCGUGCCACCCGCGCCCGAGCGGUCGGGUGACUGUCCUGGGGCUUUGGCUCGACGGCGAGGCGGCCGAGGGCGUGUGCGUCUCUUGCAGUUUCCUCUCCCAGCGCCUCGGGGGCGUUUGCAGUCGAAUAAACUUGCGACCGCCACGUGUGGCAUCUUUCCAAGGGAGCCGGCUCGGAGGGGCCGGCGCGCCCGUCGGGGGGAUCGCGCCCGGCGCGGGGCACGGGCGGCGGCGAGCGGCGGCGGCGGCGCGGCGGAGCCCGGGGCCGUGGAUGCUGCGUGCGGAGGCGCUGCCGGUUACGUAAAGAUGAGGGGCUGAGGUGGCCUCGGCGCUCCUGCGAGUCGGAAGCGCCCCGCGCCCCCGCCCCCUUGGCCGCCGCGCCGAGCCGCGCGCCGCGCUCGCUCGUCGUCCGAGGCCAGGGCAGGGCCAGCCGAGCCUCCGCAGCCACCGCCGACUUCGGCCGCGCCGCCGGGGCUGCUGUCGCCCGCACCAUGUCCGCGGCCGCCUACAUGGACUUCGUGGCUGCCCAGUGUCUGGUUUCCAUCUCGAACCGCGCUGCGGUGCCGGAGCAUGGGGGCGCUCCGGACGCCGAGCGGCUGCGACUCCCUGAGCGCGAGGUGACCAAGGAGCACGGUGACCCGGGGGACACCUGGAAGGAUUACUGCACGCUGGUCACCAUCGCCAAGAGCUUAUUGGACCUGAACAAGUACCGACCCAUCCAGACCCCCUCGGUGUGCAGCGACAGUCUGGAGAGUCCGGACGAGGAUAUGGGAUCCGACAGCGACGUGACCACCGAAUCUGGGUCGAGUCCUUCCCACAGCCCGGAGGAGAGACAGGAUCCUGGCAGCGCGCCCAGCCCGCUUUCCCUCCUCCACCCUGGAGUGGCUGCGAAGGGGAAACACGCCUCCGAAAAGAGGCACAAGUGCCCCUACAGUGGCUGUGGGAAAGUCUAUGGAAAAUCCUCCCAUCUCAAAGCCCAUUACAGAGUGCAUACAGGCGAGCGGCCCUUUCCCUGCACGUGGCCAGACUGCCUUAAAAAGUUCUCCCGCUCGGAUGAGCUGACCCGCCACUACCGGACCCACACCGGGGAAAAGCAGUUCCGCUGUCCGCUGUGCGAGAAGCGCUUCAUGAGGAGCGACCACCUCACCAAGCACGCCCGGCGUCACACCGAGUUCCACCCCAGCAUGAUCAAGCGGUCGAAAAAGGUGCUGGCCAACCCCUUGUGAGGUGCUACCCGCCGGAGCCAGGGAGGGAUGGACCCCGAAAGGACAAAACUACUCCCAGCAAACAGACACACAGAAACGAAGCCCCAGAAGAGGCCCAGUGACCGCACAGGAAGCCACUGCUCUUUGGCCAAUAUUCUGAUCUCCCUCUCCCUGCAUUGUUUUUAAAAAGCACAUUGUAGCCUAAGAUCAAAGUCGACACUUGGUCCCCUUGCAGAGGCAACCCUGAACCAACCCGUCUCUGACUGUUGGAGGGAGGCAAAUGCUUUUGGGUUUUUUUCUCCUUUAUAUUUGGGGGGUGGGGGGGAGGGGGUAAGGCCAAGACUGGGGUAGAAUUUUAAAGAUUCAACACUGGUGUACAUAUGUCUGACUGGGUGAGUUGACCUCUGGCCUCACGCAGUGAUUCUGGGCCCUUGAUGCUUGCUGUCUCUCAGAAUUGUUUUCUUACCUUUUAAUGUAAUGAUGAGUGUGCUUCAGUUUGUUUAGCACAACCACUCUCGAGUCACGUUAACUUUUGAGAUUAAAACAAUGCCAUAGCACAGCUGUCUUUUUGCAAGCAAGAGCACAUCUACGCCAGCAUGAUCUGUCAUCUAAAGACUUGAAAACAAAAAAGUCACUUGUAGUCAAUGGGUAAGCAGAGUCUGAAUUUCUACUAAUCAAAACAAACCUUUGAAAGGUUACACUCAGUACAGAACUUUUAAACCUUGCUUUGUAUGAAUUGUACUUUUUGAACAUAAGCUGCACUUUUAUUUUCUAACGCAGAGGAUGAAUAAGUUAAAUACAUGCUUUGAGGUUAGAAGCAGACAUUCUGUUUGGCACCACCUUAUAAUCUGCUUAUUUUACAGUAUACACGUUUCCCUAAGAAAUCAUGACAGAGAUGUGAGGGCACCAUAUACAUGAGAGAUGCCAAAGGAGGAGGAGGGCAGUGUUUUAAAAAAUAAAAAGAGAACAAACAGAAUUUUAACUCUAUUAACUUUUCCAAAUUUUCCUAUGCUUUUCGUUAGCUUCAUCUUAUUGUACCAUGAUGCCACUUAGAGAGAGGGCUUUUGGCUCUUAGAGAGAGGGUUUUAUUUGAAUGGGUGCAUGACAGGAACUAGAUCUAGAAGCGCCCAUUUUGGGGGGGAAAUGUUUGUUUGUCUUCUUCCCAUGUUCUUACAAAACUUCCACUAUCAGGUGCAAGAGUUAUGUAAAGGAAAGGGAGCUGAAAUAUGAAAAGAAAAACAGACCCCUAUGCGUAGUGAGUACCAAGGGAAAAUACCACGAUGAUUCAGAGGAGAUUCUGCAAAAUAGUCCCUUUUUGAGGACAUAGGCAAAUGGAAUACAUACGAAUGAAAUCACGUCAUAUAUCUUUGACAUGUAUCUUUUAACCUCACCACUAUAUCUUGUAUCUAGGUGUCUACAAUGGCUGAAACCACUACAUCCGUAAUACGCCAUUUACCUGAAAACUCAAUUUUGGCCUUUAUGUAGCCAGAAAAAUGAACUGAGUUUUCAUAGUUAAGAAAAAAAACCUCAAAUGAGGGGAGUCAGCAGUGAUCAUGGGGUAUAUGUUUACAUUUUUUUUUCUUCAGAAGUAACGCUUUCUGAUGAUUUUAUCUGAUAUUUAAAACAGGGAGCUAUGGUGCACUCUAGUUUAUACGUGUGCUCUAAGAUGUGUUGUGUAAACAGAGGGUGCCUACCGAUUUCACCUGACACAUGCUCGUUUCCCAUCCAGAAUCAGUGUGGGCUCCUGCAGCAGGCACGGGUCACGGCUGACUCCGACUCCCAAUACGACAGCCAUCACUAGCACGGUGUUUUUUUGUUUAACCAACGUAGUUGUAUUAGUAGUUCUAUAAAGAGAACUGCUUUUAACAUUAGGGACUGGGAGCAGUCCAUGGGAUAAAAAGGAAAGUGUUUUCUCAUGAGAAAACAUGUCAGGAAAAAUAAAGAACACUUUCUACCUCUGUUUCAGAUUUUUGAAACACUUAUUUUAAACCAAAUUUUAAUUUCUGUGUCCAAAAUACGUUUUAAGGACAUCUGUUCUUCCAUACGAAAUAGGUUGGGCUGCCUAUUUCUGACUGAGCUCAUGGGACGGUUCUGUUUAUGAAACUCUGCACGCUGCCUUUUAGUGUGUGAGGAGUUUGGGGUUGCCUAGCAACUUGCCUACUUGGAAAAACUCAUCUUUCCCUCACAGAGAGAAACGAAGGAAAACAAAGCAAAAUCAGUGAAAGACAAUCUUUAUAGUGUCAGGAGUAAAUCUAUAUGUGGCUUUUGUCGAGCACUUAGAUGGAUAUAAAUGCAGCAACUUGUUUAAAAAAAUUGCACAAUUUACUUCCCCCAAAAGUUGCUACUUGCCUUUUCAAGUUGUUGACAAACACACAUUUGAUAUUCUCUUAUAUGUUACAGUACAGUAAUAUAUAAACUCAAGGCUUUUUAUUCUUUGUGAUAAAUCCUGUUUUAAAACAUCACGAAACAGGAACCAGCAUUCUAAUUAGAUUUACUAUGUCAAGAUAUGGUUCAAAUAGGACUACUAGAGUUCAUUGAACACUAAAACUAUGAAACGAUUACUUUUUAUAUUAAAAAGACCAUGGAUUUAACUUAUGAAAAUCCAAAUGCAGGAUAGUAAUUUUUGUUUACUUUUUUAACCAAACUGAAUUUUUGAAAGACUAUUGCAGGUGUUUAAAAAGAAAGAAAAGUUGUUUUAUCUAAUAUUGUAAGUAGUUGUCAUAUUCUGGAAAAUUUAAUAGUUUUAGAGUUAAGAUAUCUCCUCUCCUUGGUUAGGGAAGAAGAAAGCCCUUCACCAUUGUGGAAUGAUGCCCUGGCUUUAAGGUCUAGCUCUACAUCAUGCUUCUUUUGAGAAUUAUAUUUGGUAGUUAUAAUUACAGAAACUGAUUAGUCAGUUUGCAGGUAGAUUUAGCACAGUACUCAUCACUCUGGAUAGAUUGAGAUGUUCUUUCACAACAGACGAAUGAUCUGUAACACUGUAAGAUACUGAUCUUUACAACUGUUUAAUCAGUUUUAUUUUUGUACAGUAUUAGUGACCUAAGUUAUUUUGCUGUCCCGUUUUUGUAAAUCAAAUGAAAUUAUAAAAGAGGAUUCUGACAGUAGGUAUUUUGUACAUAUGUAUAUAUGUUGUCCAAAUAAAAAUAAUAAAUAAUAAAGAUUGGAUUGU